GUAGGGGAGGGUGCACACCGGAAGCGGUCCUGAGAAGUGAACAUGGCGGCCGCCUGGGGCCUACGCUGGGGCCUGAGCCGAGCUGGAACCUUGUUGCUCCCGCCGCCCGCGCGCUGUGCUCGCCGGGCUCUGCACAGACAGGUAGACGGCACCGAAUUCCAGAGCAUCUACAGCCUGGAUAAGCUGUACCCCGAGUCCAAGGGCGUGGAUACGGCCUGGAAGGUCCCGGAGGAUGCAAAAGAAGCCAGCAGUGACAUUCCUCUCGAUCGGUUGAGCAUAUCGUACUGUCGGAGCAGUGGUCCUGGGGGGCAGAACGUUAACAAAGUGAAUUCCAAGGCUGAAGUCAGGUUCCACUUGGCCAGCGCAGACUGGAUCGCCGAGCCUGUGCGCCAGAAGAUUGCGCUCAUGCAUAAAAAUAAGAUCAACAAGGCAGGAGAACUGGUUCUUACCUCGGAGAGCAGCCGCUACCAGUUCCGGAAUCUGGCAGAAUGCCUACAGAAAAUUCGAGACAUGAUUGCCACGGCCAGCCAGGUGCCCAAGGAGCCAUCCAAAGAGGACGCUCACCUUCAGAGACUCAGGGUAGAGAGCAUGAAUCGGGAAAGACUACGACAGAAAAGAAUAAACUCUUCCAUAAAGAUGAGCAGGAGGGUGACCGUGGACUAAGGGCACCCCAACUGCUGCCAACGACCAGGGUGUUCGUGCAGCUCUGCAGAGAGCUGCCACACCAGGAGACCUUUCUUGAUUGAUUGGAGCCUUGCCAGAACGUUCCUUUGGCGGGAAAGCUACGGGUCACCCAGGGCUGUCCCCUCUGGUGUCCACCUCAUGUAUUACUGGCUGCAAUAAACUUCUAAGAAUAAGAGCCUGGCUUUUCAGU